GUUUAAUAAGUAAGGUUAUGGUUAUGUUAUAUUUAUAAGACUUUUUAACUGAUUGUUGUGCAUGUAAAUCAAAAACAAUAAGGAUUUCAUUUUAAACCAACAUUAAAUGAGAUUGAUUUUAAUUAAGUUUACAUAAUAUUGAUCUUACUGUUAUGAUAUCAUUUUUUUGUUUAAAAAUAUGAACGAAUUUUCUGAAGAUACUUCCAAACAAUGCAGGUUUUGCUCUGCAAAAAAAUUAUUAAUUACUUUAAAAAGAAAAACGGAUGUGAAAAUACGAAAAUUGAUUGAAGUUACCAUAGGAAUUAAGAUUGAAGAAAAUGACUACUACAAUAAUGUAUGUUUAAAUUGUAUAACGUUUGCCUACAACAUACAUGUGUAUAAAGAAAAUACCCAGAUACGAGAAGACAAAUUAAAGGGUUUCCUGAAAGAAAGAAAUAUGCAUCAAACACACAAAUCACCUGUAAAACCAACGAAAAAUAACAACUUAUACAAUGUUUGUAUAGAUAUAUCAUCUAUAGGUGACUGGAUAAAGGAUCGACGACAAGAUUUACUAAAACACUGUGACAACGCUAUUUUACUUAAAAAUCGGCCUUUGCAAAAGAUUAGUAUAGGUAUUCAAGUGGGAAAAUCAAAUUCAACUGUAGCUGUUCAAACUGAACUAUGUACUAAGAAUAAAGGAGUUCAAGUGAAAAAUUGUAAUUCGAGUGUAGCUGCAGUUCAAACUAAACUUUUAACUACAGAUAUAGGUAUUCAAGUGAAAGAUUGUAAUUCAAGUGCAGCUGUUCAAACUGAACGUUACACUAUGGAUGUAGGUAUUCAAGGAGAAGAUUGUAAUUCAAAUGCAGUUGUUCCACUUAAACCUGAUACUAUGGAUAUAGGUAUUCAAGUGAAAAAUUGUAUUUCAAGUGUAGCUCUUCAAACUGAACUUUCUGCUAUGGAUUUCAAUAAUAAGCUUUGCAAUGAAAUACCAUUUAAUUCUGUAUGUAUGCAGAUAGAUGACUUUCAACUCAAAAAGAGAAAAUUAAACGAUGUAUCGGAAGAAUAUCUAAAAUCACUAAAACUAAUUAAAGUGGAUGAGCAGAUGAUCCAUCAAAAUGACUCUUGCGAAAUAACAACACCUAGACAUACAAGGCGAAGAGCAAUGGAGAAGGCUGCUGAACCUCUCACAGUAGAAACUACAUCCUUAUCGAAUAUGCAUAAUGAUUCAAUUCAUAUAAAAACAUCACCUAGGUCUAACACGCCUGUGAAUUCUGUAAGUGAGAGUCUUUUAAUACCUUAUACUGGAGAGAAUCUUGUACUGUGUACAAUAUGCGAUGCUGCUGUAGCGCCGAAAACUUUGAAAAAACACGAAAGAAUACAUAGAAAGUGUUCCAUAUGCAAAAAGUCUUUUCGAACAGUGAAAAAAUUUAAGGAUCACCGAACAGAAUGUUUAGGAGGAAUAAUUACGAGGGGCAUGACUAUUUCUCUGAACAGAUUGGAAACAUUGGAAGAAAUAAUGAAACAGCAUCCAAAUGUUCUGCCGUCUGGUCAUAAUUGAUAUAAUAUGAAUUCCAAUGAUUUAAUUUACGAUAAUUUGUUCUUAAGAGCGUAGGCGCAAAUAUUUUACGGCUAUAUCUACUUUUUCUUUCUUUACACGUCAAAUUACGUGUAUCAAAAUUUUCACUGGUAUGGAGAUGUAAAUAUUAUUUGACAAUGACAUUGUCAUCAUUAACGAGAUGGCUUUUGAAUGUUCUUGGAUAACCGUUUCUUGCAUAAUGGCUUAAAUUCAGUUAAUUAAUAUGAUUAUUUUUCAUUGACUAUAUACAGUGGAGCCUCGAUAACUCGGAUCAAUCGGGACAGCGGCCGAUCCGGGUUAGCCGGAGAAUAUGGUAAAAAUUAAUAAAAUACGGAAUACUUACAGAUAAACUCCGUUAUAAUUGAAAUAACAUGAACUAUAUUAUACAGUGAUGAGCGUGCUAAUAACCGGCAAAAUAGCGCAAAAGAUGGAAAACAUAUUAAAUUGUGAGAUAAAAAGAAAUAAAACUAGUAGAGUUGUUAAAUUUAGUGAUAGUAACAUAUAAAUUCACAUUCUAUUGAUUGUUUACACCUUUAUACGUAUUAGAGGAGUAUGUCAACGAAAACUGUCACUGUGACAGUGGCAUUUCUCAAAUUCGUCGGAUAUAUCUAAAGGUGAGAAAUAAUCAAUAUAACGUCAAUCUAUAAGUUACUAUCGCUAAAUUUAACACCUUCACUAAGUUCAUCUCUUUUUAUCUCACAACUUAAUAUGUUUUCCAUCGUUUGCGUUAUUUUGCCGGUUAUUAGUGCGCUCAUCACUGUAUAUGCACAGUAACUGACAUCUAAAUUACUAAAAACACGCAAACACAAACCUAAAGGCACGAUUCUGACAUCGACGGCAACUGCAACGGCAGUUAGAGUUGUCACCAUGACGACGUCAUUACUUUGCACUAUUAAUUUGUAUAAUUAUUAGCAACUGGUGACCGACAGAACGUCAGUUGCUAAGAAAUAUACAAAUUAAUAGUGCAAAGUAAUGACGUCGUCCUGGCGACAACUGCAACUGCCGCCCUGCAGUUGCCGCCUGUCGUCGAUGUCGGAAUCGUACCUUAAGCAAACGGAAACGAACAAUACAAGACUUUGUACUACACACAAUACAGUCACAAUCGGAACGAUGUUAUGUUAUUUAAGAACAGUGAAAACUAAGACCAUUGUUUAAAAAAGAAUUUUUUAAACAAUGCUAAGACAGUUUGAAAUAAAUAAAGGAAUACUACAGGUGCUUGUUGUUUCCGAUAAUCCUACACAAUGAACGUGAAUCUGCCGCCGAGUGCCAUGAGUCAUUUUUACUAUCGUAUAGUUCAAAUUACACAAAUACACAUUAUCUCUCAAAUAUAUUACAUACAUUUUUAUUGUUGCAAUGUUUGUGUGAUGAAAAUCGGUCCGGGUUAGCCGGAGUUCCAGGUUAUCGGGACCGAUUUAUCGGGGUUCCACUGUAUUCAGUGAUUACAAUAAUUUAUAUACUAUACUAUAAAAACUAAUACUUAAUCGAGAAAAGAGGAAAAGUGAUAAAGUGAUUUUUUUAAUAAUAUAUUUAUUUCCAAAUAUGUACUUGGAUAACAGAAUAUAUCCUGGUGUAUUCUCAGCUUGGAUCUUCCAAUAAUAAACUAUAAAUAACUUUUUAUUAAUUUUACGUAUUAUGCAAAUCAAUUAUUUAUCAAAUACACUAUCAAUAUUAUUUAAUAAACAACUCAAAAUAUUCCUGAAGACGUGUCAAAUAUUUAGUAGCCUUAUUUGUCACUGUCUCGUCACCACAGUCUGUUCGACUGAGUGCAUUGUAUGACAAAGAUAGCGAAUGUUUGAUUUGGAAAAUAUCACCACGGACAUGGUGUUCAUUUUUUUUUCGAACCCUGGAAAAACUAAUAGUUUUGAAAAAGGACCCCGCAGAAACCUUAUGGGAAAUGACUCUCUGUCAAAUGCUCUGAAACUUUGGGUUCUGGUAGUCCUUGAUGUGUAGAACAAAAGACUCAAUGGGCGCGUAGCUCCAGAGAAUCAUGGUUUUAAGAUAUAAGCCUCUGAAGGUUAUAGGUACAGUGAGGACGUUUGAUUUGGAAUAAAUUCAUUUUCUCGAGAAUCUGCGACUCUGGAGAUAAAUUACGAAUCAGGUCGAUUUUUAUUUUUAAAUUAUAAUUUUUUGGCAUAUAUAUACUAGUGACGUCAUCCAUCUGGGCGUGAUGACGCAAUCGAUGAUUUUUUAAAAUCAGAAUAGGGGCGUGUGAUAGCUCAUUUGAAAGGUUAUUCAAUUCUCUAUUCAAUAAUAUAAACAUUAACAUCAAUAUUUAUACAGGGUACACCAAAAUUUUUUAGAAUUAAAUUAAUUGAGACAAAAAGAAGAAUGUAUAUAAUUUAUUUAAUUCGAAAUACAUUUUACUGCUGUUAGAAAACAGAAAAAAAUGUUAAUUUGAAAAAUGAUCAUUGCUUUUUGCUUAAAUUAAAUGUUCAAACUGCUAAGAGGCAGGUGGGUGGCAGCUUUAAUAUUGAAUUUAAGCGAAAAACAAUAUUUAUUUAUCAAAUAAACAUUUGCUGUUUUCGGACAACAGUAAAAUGUAUUUCGAAUUAAAUAAAUUAUAUACAUUCUUCUUUUUGUCUCAAUUAAUUUAAUUCAAAAAAAUUUUUGGCACCCUGUAUAAAUAAUUAUGUUAAUGUUUAUAUUAGUGAAUAGUGAAUUAAAUAACCUUUCAAAUGAGCUAUCACACGACCCCUAUUCUUAUUUCAAAAAAUCGUCGAUUGCCUCAUCACGUCCAGAUGGAUGACGUCACUAGUAUGAUAUACCUAUAUGCCAAAAAAUUAUAAGUUAAAAAUAAAAAUCGACCUGAUUCGUAAUUUAUCUCCAGAGUCGCCCAUUCUCGAGAAAAUGAAUUUAUUCCAACUCAAACGUCCUCACUGUACCUAUUAAGGUACGAUUCCGAAAGAGGCUGCAGACCGCAAACCGCAGACUGCAGCGACAGUGUCGUCUGCGGUCAGACCAAUUCUGAGCAGAACUGCACUUCAUCUACAUAAUAUCGACAACAGCAUUGCACGAUGGGAAUUUAUAAUAGUAUAAUAUUAAAAGUCGUAUAAGUAGGAUGUCAGACGCAAUGAACAACGAUGAAUUAAUGUUAUAUCUUUUGAUGGAAGAAGAAGAUGACGACUAUCUUUUACUUUUGCAUUAUAAAAAAAAAGGAAAUCAACUAGGUCCCUAUUUAAAAGUAAACAAUUUGAAGGAAGCUUGCCUCGUAAAUAACUUAAUAUUUUGCUAAACAAUUAAUUAAUUAAUUGCCCUUCUUGUUCAUUUAAAAUACUCAUUUUCAAAAGAAAUUCAAUUCUUUUCAAUUUAAGUCAAUUUGGAAACGGCAAAAAUACGUGUCGUCGAUCUGCGGUGGCGACGUUCUGCGUGCGGUGGCGACAGUGCCGCUCUACUCGACAUCAACCUCAUAAGAAACCAUAUGAAUCAGUAGGUCUGUCGCUGCGGUCUGCGGUUUGCAGUUUGCGGUCUUGUUCGGAAUCGUACCUUUAGUGAUGUAACGAAUGUCAUUUUUUGAAUAUUCGCGAAUACGAAUGCGAAUAUCUGCUACCGACAUUCGCGAAUGCGGAUGCGAAUAUUCAGUUUUUUUUAAAUUUGUUUCUAUUUUGCAAUGUUUUCUAAAUUUUAAAAUAAGAAGUUAAUAGAUAUUUAGUGUAAAUUUUAUUACUUCUUCUUUGUCAUAAUCCUCUGUGCCCUUCAGUGCGUCGGAUAUAGGGUUCCGCUCCGCUUAUUAUACAUUUCUUCCACGCACUUUCAUUGGUAGCCAGUUUGUUCAUAUCUCUUAUAAUCAUGUCUCUCUUUUCACCUAUAUCAUGGAUUUGGUCCAUCCAUGUCUUCUUCGGCCUUCCCUUUUUUUGUUACCAAUUUUGGCUUAAUGUACCUUCUUUGUUAGCCUCUUUUGCUCCAUUUGCAAAAGUUUUGUUCCAAACCAAUUCAAUUGUUAGUUUUUGAUCUUCCUUAUGUCAUUAUCGGAUUAACUAUGCUGUUAUAUACUUACUCUGAGUUUAAGCUUAGUUUUGUUAUCUAUUUCAGAUUUCCCAAAAUUUGUAUUAUUUAAUGAGUAAUACACGUUAGUAGCCUUCUUCAUUUUAUAACUCUUAUUGACAUGUCCGUUUUUCCAUCAUCUUCCAAAUACAUAAUAUAUUUCAAAUUAAAAGCUUUAUUACAUAAUACCAAAUAAGAAAUAAAGUGAAGGCUGAUAAUGUGAUUAUUGAAGUUAAGACAUUCACGCACACGACUUAUAUUAUUACCUUUAUAGAUUUAGCCAUACAGCUCACACUCCCUCUACUUUAUAUCCAGAUUUAGCCAUACGGCUCACACUCCCUCUAAGGGGAAAAUUGACUCAUCCCAGAUACCUACGGUAUCAAAAGGAUUGAGCUCUGGUGGGACUCUUUCCGUGUUAUCGAGCCCUAGGUGACUUGGUAUGCAGGUGUAUCUCCCAAAAAUGUUCGUACACAUCUGGCCGUUGCUAGUAGUACAGCUUUCUGCAUGGUCUUGUAAAGAUGUUCAUUUAGACCCAGCCUUUUUAUGCUUUCGAGGAGGUUCUUCGGAAUGACUCCAGUAGUAGACAUAACAAUAGGUAUCGUCUGGGUACUUUGCAUUCUCCAUUGCCUUCGUAUCUGAAUUUCUAGAUCUCUGUACUUGGCGAUCUUUUCAGUGAAUUUACUACGUAGAUUAUUGUUAUUAGGUAUCGCCACAUCAAUUAGUGUUGUUUGUCUUGUUAGUUUAUUAACUAGUACGAGAUCUGGUCUAUUAUAUGCCACUGUUUGGUCUGUGAGCACAGUGCGGUCCCAGUAUAACUUGUAGUUACCAUCCUCAAGCAUACUCUCAGGAACGUAUUGAUAAUACGGGAGAUGGUCCGUUUGGAGAAGUCCCAGCUUGAUAGCUAUCUCUUGAUGAAGGAUUUUUCCCACUGCGUCAUGCCGUUCCUUGUAUUCAGUUGCAGCAAAUGCCUGGCAGCCUCCUGUAAGAUGUUGGAUGGUUUCUUGGGCUUGACAUCCAUAUCGGCAUCUGUCGUUUUGAACCUGAGGGUCUUUGAUGAUAUAUUUCAGGUAGUUUCUGGUUGGUAUAACCUGAUCCUGAAUGGCCAGUAAUGAACCCUCCGUUUCAGGGAACAUCUUUCCUGAUGUCAACCAGUAGUUCGACGCUAUAUUGUCGACAUAAUCUUGAUGAUAAUCUCAUUGGGAUGUCGCCCGUGCAAAGGUUUACCCAUCCAGGCGCGCACUUUUUCGUCCUUAGUAAGGUGCUUUAUGCGCAGUUCUGCUUCCCUCAGUUUGAUCGGUGUUGUGUCAUCUACUGCGCAGAUAGCGCGAUGUAGAGUAGAUGUCUCAGCCUGCAUCUGAAAAUAAGUUCUUAAAUUAGCAAUUUGUUUAUCUAAUUGCUCACCUAUAUCCAUAAGUCCUCUUCCUCCUAAAUACCGGGGUAAUGUCGUUCGUUCUACAGCACUUUUAGGGUGGUGUUUUUGUGCCUUUGUGAGGUGUGUUCGUACUUUUCGCUGAAGAUUUUCUAUAUCCGUUUUUGUCCACUUAACAAUACCAAAUGAAUAGCUAAGCGCGGAGCAAGCGUAGGUGUUUAGUGCCUUAAACAAAUUUUUACUGUUAAGCUGUGAACGAAGCAGCUGUUUUACCCUUCUUAUAAACUCAAUAGUUAUCUCAGUUUUCAUUUGCUUAUGGUCAAUUUUCCGCGCCUGCUUUACUCCAAGAUAUUUGUACAUAUCGUUGUCGCCCAUGGCCUCGAUAUUCUGGCCAUUUUGCAUAUCGAAUCCACCGCGCUGUACCUUUCCUCUGACUAUAUUCAAAACACGGCACUUGUCUAGACCGAACUGCAUACUAAUAUCAUUAGAAAAUGUUUCUACAGUUUUUAGCAUCUCUUCUAGGUGUUCUCGAGUGGAAGCCAUUAAUUUCAAAUCAUCCAUAUACAACAGAUGAUUAGCUUCGCUACCACAGUAUUAUUGCUUUUAAUGCUAAAACCUGAGUCAGUGGAGUUUAAUAGCUGGGAAAGGGGGUUCAAAGCUAAACAGAACCACAAUAUAAACUACUUUAUAUAUUAUUAUUAUUAUUAUUUACCCAGAUUUAGCCAUACGGCUCACACUCCCUCUAAGGGGAAAAUUGACUCAUCCCAGAUACCUACGGUAUCAAAAGGAUUGAGCUCUGGUGGGACUCUUUCCGUGUUAUCGAGCCCUAGGUGACUUGGUAUGCAGGUGUAUCUCCCAAAAAUUUUCGUACACAUCUGGCCGUUGCGAGUAGUACUGCUUUCUGCAUGGUCUUAUAAAGAUGUUCAUUAAGACCCAGCUUUUUUAUGCUUUCGAGGAGGGUCUUCGGAAUGACUCCAGUAGUAGACAUAAUAAUCGGUAUCGUCUGGGUACUUUGCAUUCUCCAUUGUCUCCGUAUUUGAAUUUCCAGAUCUCUGUACUUGGCGAUCUUUUCAGUAAAUUUAGUACGUAGAUUAUUGUUGUUAGGAAUCGCCACAUCAAUGAGGGUUGUUUGUCUCGUUAAUUUAUUGACUAAUACGAGAUCUGGUCUAUUAUGCGCCACUGUUUGGUCUGUGAGCACAGUGCGGUCCCAGUAUAGCUUGUAGUUGCCAUCCUCAAGCAUACUCUCAGGGACGUAUUGAUAAUAUGGGAGAUGGUCGGUUUGGAGAAGUCCCAGCUUGAUAUCUAUCUCCUGAUGAAGGAUUUUUCCCACUGCGUCAUGCCGUUCCUUGUACUCAGUUGCAGCAAAUGCCUGGCAGCCCCCUGUAAGAUGUUGGAUGGUUUCUUGGGCUUGACAUCCAUAUCGGCAUCUGUCGUUUUGAACAUGAGGGUCCUUGAUGAUAUAUUUCAGGUAAUUUCUGGUUGGUAUAACCUGAUCCUGAAUGGCCAGUAAUGAACCCUCCGUUUCAGGGAACAUCUUUCCUGAUGUCAACCAGUAGUUCGACGCUAUAUUGUCGACAUAAUCUUGGCUGACCUCAUUGGGAUGUCGCCCGUGCAAAGGUUUACCCAUCCAGGCGCGCACUUUUUCGUCCUUAGUAAGGUGGUUUAUGCGCAGUUCUGCUUCCCUCAGUUUUAUCGGUGUUGUGUCAUCUACUGCGCAGAUAGCGCGAUGUAGAGUAGAUGUUUCAGCCUGCAUCUGAAAAUAAGAUCUUAAAUUAGCAAUUUGUUUGUCUAAUUGCUCACCUAUAUCCAUAAGUCCUCUUCCUCCUAAAUUCCGUGGUAAUGUCGUUCUUUCUACUGCACUUUUUGGAUGGUGUUUUUGUGCCUUUGUGAGGUGCGUUCUUACUUUUCGCUGAAGAUUUUCCAUGUCCGUUUUUGUCCACUUAACAAUGCCAAAUGAAUAGCUAAGCGCGGAACAUGCGUAGGUGUUUAGUGCCUUAAACAAAUUUCUACUAUUAAGGUGUGAGCGAAGCAGCUGUUUUACCCUUCGUAUAAACUCAGUAGUUAUCUCUGUUUUCAUUUGUUUGUGGUCAAUUCUCCGCGCUUGCUUUACUCUUGCACUUGCUUUACUGUAAUUAUUAUUUAUAUUAUUAACUUUUAUUAUUACUUUAUUAACUUAUAUUUUGUAUUUUUUUUUAUAUUGACGAUUUAUCAAAUUUCAGAAAAUUGUAUUUGUUAUUGUUAUUGUUAUUAUUAUAUUAUUUAUUUAUUUUUUUCUGACUUUAUAUUAAGCUUUGUCCAUAAAAUUUGUACAAUUUUCAGUGACAAUAAAGCAUAUUUCUAUUCUAUUCUACUGUAUAUAAAGUCACUUAAUCCAUAAGAAGACGUGUCUACAUGUGAAGCGUGUCCGUGAAUGUGUUAAGUUACCUUUUCUUGAUAAAAACGACGAGAAGUGAUUAGAUUUUGAUUUUAUUAACCAAAUACUGUAUUUCCCAAAAUAAACAGUACUGAAACUGAAACACAGAUAUAUUUUUGUGGGCGCUGUCAUAUUCAAAUUAACUAGUAUAGACAUGUAGAGUAAUCUUUAAAUAAUUACUUAUUAAGGCCUAAUUGUUAAAAAUGGUGUUAAGUACAGAGGAGAAAGUGUUUCUCGUGGAGCAUUAUUUUCGCUCAUACGGAAUCUGCCGACGUAAUAGUGCAAGUCUGCAAUACCUGUGUGAUCAAUUCACACAACGCAACGGUUUAAUAAACGUUCUAAUGCUGUAAUUUUCAACAACCUUCAAAAUUACAGCAUUACUUGGACAACGUUUAUUAAACUGUUGUGUGAAUUGAUCACACACGUAUAGCAGACUUGCACUAUUACGUCGACCGAUUCCGUAUGAGCGAAAAUAAUGCUCCACGAUAAACACUUUCUCCUCUGUAUUUAACACCAUUUUUAACAAUUAGGCCUUAAUAAGUAAUUAUUUAAAGAUUACUCGACAGGUCUAUACUAGUCAAUUUGAAUAUGACACCGCGCACAAAGAUAUAUCUGUGUUUCAGUUUCAGUACUGUUUAUUUUGGGCAAUACUGUAUUAACUUCAAAUUAUUUUUUUGUGUUAUUCAUAUUCGCACAAACUUUCGCGAAUGCGAAUAUGCGAAUAUUCGCGGAUGCGAAUACGAAUAUUCGUUACAUCACUAGUACCUAUAACUUCAGAGGCUUAUAUCUUAAAACCAUGAUUUUUUGGAGCUACGCGCCCAUUGAGUCUUUUGUUCUACACAUCAAGGACUACCAGAACCCAAAGUUUCAAAGCAUUUGACAGAGAGCCAUUCCCAUAAGGUUUCUCCGGGUUCCUUUAAACGCAAAAUGAAAUAUUACAUCAUUACCGAUGGUAGAAAGUCCCUUAGAAUAAACAAAAAGUUUCUUUUGAACGACAUAUUUGAAAUUAAAAAUCACACCUCUUCUUUUUCACCCCGGUAACUUAUUAAAAUAAACAGAAGUUUUCAAGGGCUUUCUAUCCUCGGUAAUGAUGUAAUCUUUCAUUCGGCGUUUAAAUUUUUCAAAAUAGUUAUUAGUUUCCUCAGGAUUCGAAAAAAAAAAUGAAUGCAUUUAAAUAGGAUUGGAGCCGAAAGUUUGCGCCUAUCCUCUUAACAUUUUACGGGUCAUUUGUGAACGUCAGAAAAUAGAAAUGUUAAAAUAAACUUAUUUUAAAGUAAAA